UGAUAGUCAAUGACUAUGAAAUAUAACAUGAAAGUUGAAAGGGUUGAAAGCACGAGCAACGAACAGUGAGAAUAGAAAACAGAAAGGAACGAGAGCCAUAAUAUUUACGAAUUUUGUGAGAAUAAAUAAUUUAUGAUUGUGGAAAGAAAGAUAUUGCGAUCAUGUCUAUGCGACCUGAUGAUCACCGGAGGAAAUGGAACCGGGAAGAAUAUGAAAGGAUUGCGCUUCAAAGACUCCAAGAAGAGAUCGCGGAGGAAGAAUUAGGACUUCCCAAACAACCAGCAGUUAAAAGAGAAUUGCUAAAACAGAGAGAUUACAAAGUUGACCUUGAAUCAAAACUAGGAAAAAGUGUCGUCAUCAAUAAAAAUACACCAUCGUCACAAACUGGAGGAUACUAUUGUAAUGUCUGCGAUUGUGUUGUCAAAGAUUCCAUUAAUUUCUUGGAUCAUAUCAAUGGUACAAAACAUCAACGGAAUCUGGGUAUGUCCAUGAAGAUAGAGCGAUCCACAUUGGAACAGGUUAAAGCUAGAUUUGCACAAAAUAAAAAGAAGCUUGAAGAGAAAAAGAAAGAUUAUGAUUUGGAACAGAGAGUGAAGGAAUUAAAAGAAGAGGAAGAAAAAAUCAAAGAAUACAGGAAAGAGAAGCGAAAAGACAAAAAAAGGAAAAUUGAAGAGCUGGCAGAGGAUGAUGCUGGACCUUCUGAUGAAAUGGCCGCAAUUAUGGGAUUCUCUGGUUUUGGUUCAAAAAAGAAAUGAUAAACUCUCCGCCUAAACAGUUUACUACUUUUGAGAAAGAGGUUGUUGGUUUUUUGAGAAAGAAUGUUGCUGGUAUGAUUUGAGGAUUUGGAAAAAUAACACACAGUCUUAAUUCCCGUCAUUGGAAUUUAAGGAUGCAAUCCAUAAAUGUGAGUUUGUGAUGUAUUUUUUUUAUUUGUUCUAGAGUUUCGUGUUUAUUCGAGACGAGAGAAACAGCUAUCAAUUAUAAAUCCGACCAAUGUAAAUGUAACAAAUCAAAUGAGCUUAAACUGUAAUUUAAGAUUAAUUAAAAUUAAUUAAGAUUAUUUGGGCACAAAUUUAUGAUGUGAAUAAUUUAAGUACAUUCUCGAAAUGACUAUAUCUCUGCUGAACUAUAUCUCUUUUAUUGCAAGAAUACAAAAUCUUGUGCAUCAUUGUCCAAAGGAGAAUGUGUAUGUCAUCUUGUAGAAAUAAAAUUUAUGAAAAGUUAAGUAAAAUAGACAGAAAUAGUAUUUGAAACAAUACAAUUCUUUUCAAGUAUCGGUAUUUGUGCGAUAUUUAAUAUAUUUUCAAUAAUUGGCAAAUUUGUAAUCUUCAUAAUAAAUAGUUUUAGCUAAUUUCAAUUUUUAGAUUCUUUUUUAGUCAAAAAUUGAUUAUUGGCUUAUGAACAAUAGUUGAAAAACUCCAAUUUCAUAUGGAGAAUAUACUUUACAAUUAUCGAGAAUGUAAUAUUAUUGUAUACAGUAUUUGAAGAUUUGUAUUAGCCUGAAUCUCGUCAUUUAAAAAAAUUUUUUUA